CGUCGGAGGCGGUGGUAACCUCCAAGGCUAGUAAUCUCGUCAGCCUGGUAGGGGAACAAGCUCGUUUUGUCUCUUCGGUGUUUAGGCACACAGCAGCGGACGCCUGAAGCCUCUGGGAGGCAUUACGAAGUGUACCGGCGUCGCGCCGGGCAGCAGCCGCCGGCCGCGGCGCGUGAGUGACGUCAUAGCGAACUCCGGCCUGCCGGUGCGGCGGGCGGCAUCCGGCCGGCCGGCUGUCAAGUGCCGGGCAGGCUCCGUGCCUGGUGGGUGGCGACCGUGGGGCGGCUACCUGGCCGUGCGCGGUCGCGGCGGCCCCGGACGGAGACGGCCGUCACGGACGACGGAGUGACGUGACGCGCGUGUGACGUCAACGGGACGGCCAGGAUGACGCCGUCGGGCAGAGGCGGAGCGGGCACGAUGAUGACCCAGCUCGUGGACUUGGAACCGCCCGAGAUGACUGCCACCAUCAGCAUCAAAGGCAUGACCUGCCAGUCUUGCGUGCGCAACAUCGAGACGACGGUCGGCGACAACGCCGGCAUCCACUCCAUCGUCGUCUCGCUGCCGGACGAGAGCGCCACCGUGACCUUCGACCCGCAGCUGACCUCACCGCAAGGCAUCUGUGACAUGAUCGACGACAUGGGCUUCGACGCGUCGCUGCCGGCGGCGGCCGGCGGCGGCGGCGACGGCGCGGGCGACGGAGCCUCGCGCACAGUCGUGCUCGACAUCGGCGGCAUGACGUGCCAGUCGUGUGUGCGCAACAUCGAGGCGACGGUCGGCGGCCGGCCGGGCGUGCGCGCCGUGCGCGUUGACCUGGCGGCGGCGCGCGGCUGGCUGGAGGUGGCGCCCGAGCUCGCCGACCAGCAGCUGAUCGACUGGGUGGAGGAGAUGGGCUUCGAGGCGCGCCUGGCCGCCGAGCUGCAGUGCCGCCUGGCCAUCGAGAACAUGAGCUGCCAGUCGUGCGUGCGGAACAUCGAGGGCAAGGUGGCCGCCCAGCCGGGGGUGCUCGGCGUCAAGGUGGACCUGGAGGCCAAGGAGGGCGUCAUCACCUACAACCCGCAGGUCACUUCUCCCGGCACGCUGGAGGACUUCGUCAACGGCAUCGGGAAGUUUAGGGCCGCCGUGAAGCCACCGUCGGAUGGAUCUUCCACAGGACCCGCGCAGGACAAGCCGGACGGCCGGUCGGACUCGCCGCCGCGGCAGGCGCUGCUCUCGGCCCGCACGCCGGGCGAGUCGCCGCGCUCGCCGCCGAAGCCGCCGCGCUCGCCGCAGAGCGCCACCCGUAGCCCGGAGAAGACGCCCGUCAGUCCAGGGAAGUCAACACGCUCGGCGGCCGACGAGCUGGAGACGUGCACCGUCUCCAUCCGCGGCAUGACGUGCGCCAGCUGCGUCAGCGCCAUCGAGAAGCACAUGAACAAGGUGGACGGUGUGGAAUCGAUCCUGGUGGCGCUGCUGGCUGGCAAAGCCGAGGUGCAGUACGACCCGGCCGUGCUGCUGCCCUCGCAGGUGGCCGGCCUGAUCUCCGACAUUGGCUUCCCGGCCCAGCUGCUGGAGAACCACAGCCCGGAGGGCACGCUCGACCUCGAGAUCCGCGGGAUGACCUGCGCCUCGUGCGUGCACACGAUCGAGACGAACGUGGUGCGGCGGCCGGGCGUGGUGUCCGUGUCGGUGGCGCUGGCGACGGAGCGCGGGCGGGUCGUGUUCGACCCGGGCCAGACGGGACCGCGAGACAUCAUCCAGGCGAUCGAGGACCUGGGCUUCGAGGCGGCGCUCCGCUCGGGCAAGCAGGGCAGCGCGUCGUACCUGGACCACCGCGAGGAGAUCGCCAAGUGGCGCAACUCGUUCCUGGUGUCGCUGUUCUUCGGCGUGCCGUGCAUGCUCAUCAUGUUUAUCGGCGGCCGGCACUUCUACGUGGCGGCGGUGAAGUCGCUGCGCCACGGCGCCGCCUCCAUGGACGUGCUCAUCAUGCUGGCCACGACCGUGUCGUACGUGUACUCGGUGGCCGUGGUGGUGGCGGCCAUGCUGCUGCAGGAGUCGGGCAAGACGUCUGAGGCGCUGGCCAAGCUGAUCUCGCUGCAGCCCACUGAGGCGGUGCUGGUGACGCUGGGGGAGAACAGGGAGGUGCUCACAGAGGACAGCAUCUCCGUCGAGCUGGUGCACCGCGGCGACAUCCUCAAGGUGGUGCCCGGCGCCAAGGUGCCGGUGGACGGCCGUGUCCUCAGUGGCCACUCCCUGUGCGACGAGUCCCUCAUCACCGGCGAGUCCAUGCCCGUCGCCAAGAAGCCAGCCGAGUCCAAAAUCAAGCCAUCGCGGCUUGCGGCAGCGGACACCGACGCCGCACGAUUCAGCAACAGCUCACAACGGCUCCCCGAACAUGACCGGCACCAGGCCAGCACAACUCACGGAUGA